UUAAAAAAUGUCUUUUAAACCAAACCACAAUCGUUCUCGGAAUAAAAAUUCCAAACCUCAUAAUAAGGACGCAGUCCCAGUCGACGAAUCAAACCCAGUUAUAAUUGCAUUUAAACAAUAUGCACUUGAAUUGGAUGAUAAACAUGAUCGCUAUGAACGUAUCGUCAAGCUGAGUCGUGAUACCACAAUCGAAUCCAAGCGAAUUAUUUUCUUAUUGCAUACAAUUGAUCCAAACAAAAACAACAAAGAAAAGAUUCUCCUCGAAGCAAAAACACGAUUAGACAAUCUUAUUUCUAAUAAAUUCUUUGAAGUAGCCAAGGAAUUGGAAAAUCGUGAUCCCUAUCAAUAUAUGCGUGCUUACUGUGCUGGCUUGCAAGAAUUCAUUGAAGCCUACACUUAUUAUGAAUAUCUCAAUGAAUCGGAGCUAUCCGAUUGGAUUGUUUUGCAAGGAAGAAUGAAAUUCACUUUUACUCUGGAACCCAAAGAAAGUGACGAGUCUAUUGAACCCAAGGAAGUUGACGAAUGUAUUGAAAAGGUUGAAAAGACUGUAGAGUGCCUUGUCGAUCCAACUGAAUACAUUCUUGGAUUGGGUGAUUUGACUGGAGAAUUGAUGCGUCGUUGUAUUAAUUCUUUGGGAAGUGGUGAUACAAACACUUGUCAGGAUUCUUGUAAGGUUUUACAGAAUUUCUAUAAAGGAUUUUUAGGACUUCAUUCAGUUAGAAAUCGUGAAUUUGGAAGGAAAUUGUAUACAUUACAUCAGAGUGUUAUUAAGGCCGAACAUGUUUGCUAUAACGUUAAGGUUCGUGGGGGAGAAGCAGCUCGUCGUGGAACUAUGGCAGAUGAUAAACCAGCAGAUGAUUUUGAUGAAGGGUUCUUUUAAAUAAAAAGAAAUAAUGAUUUAUACUUAUGUAAUUUAUCCUUAAAAUCAAACUUAUUUGCUUUUUUUUUAACUUUUUGAACUUGAAUAAAAAAAAAACUUAAGUCUCAAUA